UCUCCCCUCAACACUGCGUGCUUGUCCAAACGGAUCGCAGAUCUCGGAGCCGUGGAUUUCUAUUAGUAGGACUUUGCUGCGCACAUUUCAUCUCCAGCUGAUCUGCUGGUUGUGUGUUUUGUUUUGAUACUUUAUAUCCAGCAGUCCUCGGCUUUUUUUUUUUUCCCAAAUCGGCAGUUUGGUGAUAUUUUCGCAGGGGAAACCUCUUGACACGGACAGAGGGUUUCUUUGCUGAGCUCCGCUUUGAGCCCAUGAAAACAGGAGAGGAGGGAGAACCGAGAGAAGUCAUCAACUUCACCUGAACAAAGAAGAGGCAAAAGAGGAUACACAUGGGGCAGGGAGAGGCUUCAGCGCGGGGGACAAGCAUGGAGGGGGACUGUCUCAGCUGCAUCAAGUACCUCAUGUUUGUCUUCAAUUUCCUCAUCUUUCUGGGAGGCUCUUUCCUCCUGGGAGUGGGAGUAUGGGUACUGGUGGACCCCACAGGGUUCAGAGAAAUUGUAGCAGCCAACCCCCUGCUAUUCACUGGUGUCUACAUCAUCCUGGGGAUGGGAGGCAUGCUCUUCCUCCUGGGCUUCCUUGGCUGCUGUGGAGCCAUCCGCGAAAACAAGUGUCUGCUCCUCUUUUUCUUCAUGCUCAUCCUGCUCAUCUUCUUAGCAGAGCUGGCUGCUGCCAUCCUGGCCUUCAUAUUCCGGGAGCAUCUGACCAGAGAGUACUUCACCAAGGAGCUGAAGAGACAUUAUCAGGGCUACAACAACACUGACGUCUUCACCUCCACAUGGAAUGCCAUCAUGACUACAUUUGACUGCUGUGGGGUGAACAGCCCAGAGGAUUAUAAGGACAGCCUGUUCAGGAUGAUGAACCGAAAGCAUAUGGUGCCAGAAGCCUGCUGCCAGCGUACCAGUCAGACCGGAGAGGUGGCCUAUAUCAACCAGGAGCAGUGCUUAUUAGGCAAUAUGAUGUUCCGCAAUAACAAGGGCUGUUACUCUGCAGUAGUCGACUACUUCGAACUGUACAUCUAUGUGGCUGGAGCACUGGCCAUUGUGGUGCUGACUAUUGAGCUCUUUGCCAUGGUCUUCGCGAUGUGUCUCUUCAGGGGAAUCCAAUAGAGCUGCUCCAGUGAACUUCUUUUUUUUUUUUUUAAAGAAAAAAAGGGAAUACAGGAGAAAAGAACAAAAUGGACACUUGUAAAUUUGUUGAUCUCUUUUUCUAUUGGCUAAUUGGUAGAAAAAACAAACUCUCAAACUCUUGUACUUCACAGCUGGACUUUUGAGGUACUGGGUGGCAAAAAAAACAAACAACAACACAUGCACACACACACACACACACACACACACACACACACACACACACACACACACACACACACACACACAUAAAC